AUGUUUGUGUGCAGCAAUAUUUCAUCAGGGAUGGCAGAGGAUAAGAUUGGAAUUGCCAAGGAUGUCACUGAGUUGAUUGGUAAAACACCAAUGGUAUAUCUCACCAAUGUUGUGGAUGGCUGCGUUGCUCGUGUUGCUGCCAAGUUAGAGAUGAUGGAACCCUGCUCAAGCGUCAAGGAUAGGAUUGGAUAUAGUAUGAUAGCUGAUGCGGAGGAGAAGGGUCUUAUCAAGCCUGGCGAGAGUGUCCUUAUUGAGCCAACAAGUGGAAACACCGGGAUAGGGCUGGCAUUCAUGGCAGCAGCCAAGGGCUAUAGACUUAUAAUUACAAUGCCUGCUUCGAUGAGUUUGGAGAGAAGAAUGGUUCUCAGAGCUUUUGGAGCAGAGCUUGUUCUUACAGAUCCGGCAAGAGGCAUGAAAGGUGCUGUUCAGAAGGCAGAAGAGAUCUUGGCAAAGACACCUAAUUCUUAUAUUCUGCAGCAAUUUGAGAAUCCUGCCAACCCAAAGGUUCACUACGAGACCACAGGACCAGAAAUCUGGAAAGGCUCUGCUGGCAAAGUUGACGCCUUUGUGUCUGGGAUAGGAACUGGAGGAACAGUAACCGGUGUAGGGAAGUAUCUUAAGGAGCAAAACCCUAAUAUAAAGCUCUAUGGUGUAGAACCAGUUGAAAGUGCAGUGUUGUCUGGAGGAAAGCCUGGUCCACAUAAAAUCCAGGGCAUUGGUGCAGGCUUCAUCCCGGGAGUCCUCGAUGUCAAUUUGCUUGAUGAAGUUGUUCAAGUAUCGAGUGAAGAAGCUAUUGAGACAGCUAAACUUCUCGCAUUGAGGGAAGGAUUGAUGGUAGGAAUAUCAUCCGGUGCAGCCGCAGCUGCUGCAAUCAAGAUCGCGAAGAGGCCCGAGAAUGCUGGAAAGCUCAUAGUUGUGGUGUUCCCAAGUUUUGGCGAGCGUUACCUCUCAUCAGUGCUCUUCGAAGACGUGAAACGAGAAGCAGAGAACAUGGUGUUCGAGCCUUGAACCUGCCUCUGAUGUUGUUUGGCGAUGAUGGAGUGCAUGGUUACUGAUCAGUACGGUCUCUGAUUUUUAAUGCUCGAGGUUUCUCUAGACUCCAUUACCAUGUCUUUCUCUCUCUCAAAAAGUUUUUUUCCUGUAGCAUUGACAAAAGGGUUUGUAUUAGUCAAUACUCAAUAACGGUGCCCGGAGUUGGCCGGCUUGGUGUUUCUGCUGGGUUUCUGAUCCUCUCCAUGGAGGGGAAAGAAAGAGGUGUUUGAGAUAUGCAAUACUGUCUUGGCUUGAACAUUGUGAACUGUGUCUUUUCCGCCAAGAACUUAGAUACAAAGGUUAACGACGUUUGAAUAAAUAUAUAGUUGGUGUUGCGCGGUUGCGUCCGCAGCAGCCAUUAUAUUUGUGGAAUGGCUGGCUGUGCAACGUCGGUUACGAUAUACUUUUUAGUAUUAUUAUAUUUCAUGAAUAUUUCCACUCACAGA